CAAAUUCUCUAUCGAAUUGAAAAGAAUAUAUCUGCAUUUUAUCGAGUUUGGCAUCUUUAUCUUUGCUCGAUAUUGCUUUUUUAUUAGACAAGCUUUUAACUACAACUUAUAAUACUGAAAGGCCAUCUCUUUUGAUAUAUUUCCCUUUGCAGUUUACGCAUAUCGCUAAGCCACAUAGGCUACACCUCAUAGUAUCUAACUUGCCUGCUUUUUCUUUACAUCCUUUUCAACAUGGGCAUCACCUGUCUUGUUCGCUGGAAGAAUGCAACAGGCAUGCGCGAUUUUACAUUUAUCGCUGAACAUGUCACCAAGUCCUUGCAAGGCAAAAAUACUGGACCUUGGUCACUUUCCUUCAAAGUAUUUCGUGAUAUCAACAACAACAAGACAGUUUCACUAAAGGAUAGUAAACUGCUUUAUCAAGUCUCGCUUGGUCAGCAACCUGGGAAUGUCUAUUGUAUGGUGGACGGAAGUGUAGUUGUUGAAGCAGGAAAAGAAAUGGAAAUUAUCCUUUCACGUCUCAAGAAUCUCUGGCAGUUGAGGCAGAACGUUACUAUAGAGGGCACUAGUUAUGAAAUUGGUGAUUUUACAUUAAGAGUAGCCAAUAUCUUGCUAGGAUCAACAUACAAAGGAUUACUAUUAGAGAUUGACUACCAUCCGUGUUCAACGCCAAAUAACGCCAGUAGUAUCUUUCAAGAGUUUGUUCAAUCCAUUGUACCUCCAACAGCACAAUUGUCAUGUGAAUACGAAUACAACUAUGAGGCUGUUGGUUUAAGCAACUAUGAAUUUACGAUUGCUCAUACAAGUUAUCAAUACAUUAUGCUUUUCAGAAACGAUGGCUUGAUCUAA